AUGCACGCCAUCAGGGAAACCUGGGCGAAAAUUAAUCAGCCCCACGUCGUAGCGGCCGAGGCCGGGUAUAAUGCGCGACGGACCAUCCUCGGUGCGAUCGCCGGCGAGAAGGUGAAGUACAAGACCGCCAAGGAAUUCCUAGGAGGUACUCUGAGCCGGAAAUCCUUCAACGAGGCAAAGGAACGGAGAUUGACGGCUCUCGAAGACGGCGACGUGUCGGCAUUGGCAGGGAAGAGAAAAAUGAGGUCCGAUAACUUGCAGGAGAAGUACCCAAUGGCAUGCUGUCGGGUGGAGCAGAGUAUUCUCGAGCGCACCCAGCCUUCUCCAAACCUUACGAAGACGAAUCACGACUACCGGCAGCGUGGGGAUCACAUUCGGUCUGACGCGGACAACUCUUUGGUCUGCGUCCACCCGGAGAAGUGUGAAACUCACGGAGUGCACUACAUGACUGGGACCCGGCAGCACCUGUAUCACCAGUGCAUGGAUGACCUACAAGCGGCUUUUAGUGCCGGGAGAGCUGAAAUUGCCUCUAUUUCCCGAAGUUCUUUCGACAAGAUGGUCCCCUUCUACGUGGUGGAGCAAUCAAUACGAUCCUGCCUCUGCGUCCAUUGCUACAAGGCAAAACUUAUCACUGUUGCCCUGUACCAGCUAUGGCCAACCCUUCACCAUGGCGAUAACUCGGGUUCAGGCUGCACGUGCAACUGCGGGUUUUGCUCGGAUGGAGCAUGUCGGACCUUCCUGCCGUUCGCCACGGAAAAGUCGGUGCACGGCAUGGGGGACCUCAGCGACCUGCUCCUGUGCGAAAAGGUCUUCAUCUACAGAGGUCAAGAUGGCAAAGACGUCAGGGCACAUAGGUCGAUCUGUGUGUCAGGACAUUGCCCAACAUGCCAGCGCAAGCAAGCGGCAUUCUUCGGUUGUCCCCGUCAUCAGGGCACUACCGAUCGACGUUUUCCUGCUUCUACCGCCACCUUGGGCGCGUGCCCUAGCGCCAUGGAAGGCCAGUUAGGAAGGGUGAAGUGGUCCAUGUUUACCUCUGUGGAUGCUGAAGGACGCGCAACGGACGCCCGCCGCCUCGCUGGACCGCAGCCACCCGACGACGAUGAUGGCGACUGGGAACCAAGAGUGGCGUCAGAUACAUCUAGGCCGAAAAAGGCUGUUGCUACCAAGACGGGGACUGUCGACGAUUUCACCAAAGAAUUUAAGGACAUAUUCCGGCGAUACAUUCCUCACCGGAGGCAGUAUCACACCCAACGGAGCGCGUUCAACGAAACCCUACGCACCCUGGAGGAAGGUACUGUGGUUUUCGUCUUCGACUUCCAGGAGCAGCUUCAGCUCAUCGAGCAGGACGAAGUACAAGCCCAGCACUGGCAGCACGAAAGUGUAACGAUAUUCCCCUGUCCCAUCUACUUCAAGUGGAAGGGCCGUGUGUGGUCCUACUCUUUCCAAGUUCUCAGAGACGAUAGAACCCAGGACAAUGCGUGGGUGAAGCAUGUCAUGUUCAAGAUUCUGACGGAGCAUGUCCCAGCGUUGAUGCGGAAACUAGGCGCUCCCGCCAUGGUGCUAGCGAUCUUCUUCACCGAUAACUGCGCCAAGCAGUUCAAGUGCAGGUUUCAUUUCGGCUGGCUUGCUUCCCGCGCGGUGAUGGUUUGUGACACCAACGGCGAGUCUACCAACGUACCAGUGCACAUUGAGCAUCACUACUUUGGUAGCUGCCACGGAAAAAGCUCUUCUGAUAGCGAAGGGGCCAACACCAAAGGCGUACCGAGGCAAAACAUCAUCAACCAGUCCUGGGUAGUCCAGAGCCCCAGACACCUCUGUACCCUCCUCGGUGAAUCGAUGGACUUCAUGCUUUUGGAGCCGACCGAAGACGAAGCGAUGACCUUUGAGACUGCCAGGACAAGCAGCAGAGGUGGAGAUCAGUUGCUCAUGACCAAGGUGUGGGGAGGCGAAAGCAGAUCCGACGAGAGAAAGACACUUCUGAUCACGAAGAAGCCGAAUACGCUCCUAGGCAGAAAGUACAUUUUCCAAGCCGCAGGGGACAUUUCGGGAGCAGUUCGUUCAGCUUGUCGCUCCGAAGCGAAGGCGAUCAAGGUUCAAGGAUGCCAAGCCAUCAGCAAAACCGUCGCCACCGAAACGCCAGGCGUCCUGGCUACCUACACCUUGUCCUGCAGUUGUGAGCUCUGCAGAGAUGGAAAAACGGAGAAGUGUAAUUUGUUCCGCGAAGGCAUCAUGGAGGCACCUGCAGAGUGGUCCCGGCGACGAAGCCACGACGACGAGGAUACCCCAAAGGAGAGGGAGAUGGAACUCAUGUUCACUCGAAUGAGGAGCGCACUACCAUAUGGAUCAGUCGCUAUGAUGCGUGUUCAUCCAGAAGAGUACCAAGGCCAGGAUGUAGUCCCGAUUUUCAUCGGGCGCAAGGCUCCAUCCGACUACACUAGUAGCUUCGCGACGGAUGGCAUGUUUUCCGAAGGCGAUGUUAUGGUGUGGAUUCACGACGUUUUUAGUCACGUACGCGGCGUAGAGUAUGACGUGCCCAAAGUUCCGCCAGUCGACGAAAAUAGAGCGGUUCCGCUCACCUCUCUUGCAGGGCUAUAG